ACCCCUCUUUCUUAUCUUUAUUAUCAUUAAUAAACAAAAACACGCUCUUAUUACUCAUCGCAGCUCCAAAACCAAAUUCCCUAAGUCAGCUGGUCACUUUCGACAGUCCCCAGACCUGUCAAUCGAAUAUGAAAUUCGCAGUUUACUCAUGAUAUUACCUUCACUUAAACACUAACAAAAUGAUCACUUUUUAACAAAUUCGACUCCGAGCCCUGACGCGAAAGUGAGGUUAAGUAAAAUGUACGAGAGCCCGAGCUCUUUGGAAGAACUGUGCCUGGACACGAUUUGCGACAACAUCCUCAUCUACGUGAAACUGGAACGCACGACCCACCACGACUUCAGCAAAGGCAAACGCUACAAAUUCGCGGACCCGGACCUGUUCCUUUUUAAGGAAAUCUCGGAGAAACUGUUGGGGAAAUUCCAGGAGAAGAACAUACUAUGCGACGCGUUGAUGUACCUGUUCGACGAGAGGAACACGAAGCUGGGCUCGGUCAAGUUGAAGAACUGUAAAGUCACGCAGACCGGGCUCCAAGUGCUCAAGCAGCAUAAAGUGGUGGAUUUGGAUUGCGUUAAUUUGAAGAACGUGUGUAUAGGGGAUAUUUUAGAUUGCCUCAACGACUGGUCGAUGAAGAAUCUGGCCAAUGUGAAUUUCUCAAAAUGCACUUUCAUUGAUAUGCAGCGGCACAGUUUGAUGGUGAAGAUCACGAACUUGAAGAACUUGCGGUCGUUGAAUUUAGCGUACACAGAACUGAACCAAUUAAGCUUUAAGAUGGUGUGUGAGGAUCUCAGGUUUUUAGAGAAACUAGAUAUUUCGGGAACGUUCGUCAAGGAUCUCAGCCCGUUGCUUUUACUCAAGCAUCUCGUCGGUCUUUCGAUAAGUGACUUAUCCCAAGCGAAAAACUACGUCUCCACCCUCACCCAACUGCCCCACCUCCGCCACCUCGACGCCAGCAUCUUCAACGAAAAACUCGACAGCAUGUCCGAAUCGUCAUCGCCGUGCGCCAUCUUACCCAUCAUCGAGGACCCCGCGACCCUCCCCCACCUCGUCUCCCUCGACGUCUCCGGCUGGCGCGACUUCAUCCCCACCGAGAGCCUCCACCGGUUCGUCGAGAGCCACCCCCGCCUAGAAUUCCUCGGCAUAGUUCUAAGCGACUGCACGUUCGACCCGACCUUCAGCGCCACCGCCUGGCCCAACCUCACCAUCGCCGGCCUGGGGAACGAAGCCCAGAUCAAGGUCGCCCUGAAGAAGUACUGGGAGCGCUCCAACUACGUCCAGAAGGCGCUCUACCACCUCUUCCAGCUGACCAACCUGGCGCCGGAGGCGCGGCCCGACAUGUUCAACCUCGUCCUCCCGGUGAUGGCGGCGCACUCGAACAAGUUCGGGGUGCAGAUGGCGGCGACGGCGUGUUUGUAUAAUUUGACGAGGGGCGACCUGAGCAAGAAGAUCCACCCCCGGGCGCUCAGUCGCGGCGUGAACUUGACCCUCUACGCCAUGGAGUGCUUCCCGGACGAGUUCCAGCUGCAGAAAAACUCGCUGCUGACGCUGUGCAGCGACACCAUCCUCCAGGAGAUCAACUUCGACCGGUUCCGCUGCGCGAAGCUGGUGCUGGACGCGCUGUGCGCGUUCGAGGACGUCAACAUGAACCGGAUGGCGGUGGCGAUCUGCAGCAUCCUGGCGGCGAAGGUGAGCACGGAGGAGACGUCGGAGCUGGGAGCCCGCCCGGUGUACAUGCGGAAGCUCCUCGCCAUGGUGCAGAACCGCGUCGAGUCCAUCACGUCCGACAUAACCUUGAAAUUCACGCUGAGCGCGCUGUGGAACUUGACGGACGAGAGCGCCGCCACCUGCACGGUGUUCCUGGAACAAGGCGGCGCCUACCUGUUCCUCAACGUGCUGAAGACGUUCAAGAACGACUGCGCCAUCGAGACGAAGGUGCUGGGGCUGCUGAACAACAUCGCGGAGGUGGUGAAGUUGAGGCACAGUUUGAUGAUGGACUCGCUGAUGAACGAGCUGUUCGGGUUGCUGAAGUCGGAGAACAUCGACGUGAGCUACUUCGCUGCGGGGAUCGUGGCGCACUUGGCGUCGGACGGGGCGGAGCAGUGGACGGUGUCGAGCCACUCGAGGAAGGAGAUGCUGGGGGAGCUGCAGAGCGCGGUGUCGCAGUGGAAGGUGCCGGACAGCGAAAUGGUGGCCUACAGGAGUUUUAGGCCGUUUUUCUCGCUGCUGAGGACUGAUAUGGAUUUCCAGGUGCAGCUGUGGGCGGUGUGGGCGAUACAUCACGUGUGUACGAAAAAUCCGAAGCGCUACUGCGUGAUGCUGCAAGAAGAAAAAGGCCACCUCCUCCUCAACGACCUCAUUAACUAUAGCGAUUCGCACCCCGAUAUUAAACUAAUCUCAUUGCAAAUUCUCGAAACCGUGGCCGGGCAUGUUUGAAUAGGUGAGAGUGUCUUAUUGUGAUUUAUUAAAUUGACAGUACCAAUCAGUAAAAUGUUUUUUUAUGAUCGCUUUAUAAGUUGUAUAUUUUUUUCCUAUUUCUUUAGGAUUGUUGACUUGUUGUUUCUACUUAUCUAAAGUAAUUAUUAAUUUUAAGUCUGAUUUGUUUUAAAGAGGUGAAAGCGCUGACCCGCCGGGACUAUCGUUCAGAAAUUACAACUUUUUGUACAUCGCCUAGGUCAAGCAUCAGUUGUUAUUGAUUUUUUACAGGCUAACAGCAAAACAUCGCCGUACGUUGGCUGUUUUAGGCUAGAUGAAAGUAUUAGAGAUCUUGGUCUAGUUGUCGGUUUAUUCGCUCUAUUUUCCCCGGGAAAAUAGACGCAGGAGUACCACCAAACGGAGACGCUUUGUUGAAAUUAUUUAUUGUAGCUGAAUUUUCUUGUGAUAUUUUUCCCACCGAGCACCUUCACCUUUUCGCUCUUUUCGGUUGUGUUAUUAAGAAACGUGCCAAUACGAUGUAUAGUGUCCUGUACAAACUAUGUAUAAAUGUUAGUUUAAUUUUAUUGUACGAACUAGUCAAAUAUAUCACACGUUGACAA